AUGGCCCAGGAGCGGCUGCGGCCGCGGCUCUGCCACAUGCACAAGGGCGAGAGCGGCUACGGCUUCCACCUGCACGGCGAGAAGGGCAAGAGCGGCCAGUUCAUCCGCAAGGUGGAGCCGGGCUCGCCGGCCGAGGCGGCGGGGCUGCGCGCCGGGGACCGCCUCGUCGCCGUCAACGGCCUCAACGUGGAGCAGGAGACGCACCACCAGGUCGUGCAGCGCAUCAAGGCCGUGGAGACGGAGACGCGCUUGCUGGUGGUGGACAAGGAGACGGACGAGUACCUGUGCAGCCUGCGGCUGCCCUGCACCGAGGAGCUGGCGCACGGCGGCCUCCUGCCCGGCCCCGCGCCCGCCAGCGACAACGGCGACGUGUGGAAGCCGCAGCUGGAGCUCGCCGGCGGCAGCCUGCCCCGCCACUCGCACAGCUUCUCCUCGCACGGCAGCAAGAAGGAUUUAAAUGGCCAGCGGGAGCUGUGCCCGCGUCUCUGCCACCUCAAGAAGGGCCCCAACGGCUACGGCUUCAACCUGCACAGCGAGAAGUCGCGGCCGGGGCAGUUCAUCCGCUCGGUGGAUCCGGACUCGCCCGCCUCCCUCGCCGGCCUGCGGCCCCAGGACAGGCUGGUCGAGGUGAACGGCAUCAACGUGGAGGGCCUGCGGCACGCCGAGGUGGUGGCGCACAUCAAGUGCCGGGAGCACGAGGCCAGGCUGCUCGUGGUGGACCCCGAGACGGACGAGUACUUCAAGAAGCUGGGGGUGACCCCCACGGAGGAGCACGCCAAAGGUGCGGUGCCCCAGCCCAUCACCAACGGGUCUGCGCAGAGCCAGCUGAAUGGAGGAUCCACAUCUUCAUCUCACAGUGACCUUCAAAGUCCUGGGAAAGAAUCAGAGGACGGAGAGUGCGAGAAGAAGGACCCCUUUGAGGAGAGCGGGCUGUCGCUGAGCCCCACGGCAGCGGAGGCCAAGGAGAAGGUGCGCGCCAAGCGGGUGAAGAAGCGGGCGCCGCAGAUGGACUGGAACAAGAAGCGGGAGAUUUUCAGCAACUUCUGAGCCUCGCCGGCGGCUCCCGCCUGCCCCGUCUCCUUCCCCGCACUUGGCUCUCCCUGGCCCGGACGUUUUGGAGGUGCCCAGGCCCCGUCUUCAGUGUCCACGUGAGAUGCUUUGUGCUCUGCUCUUCACUGGUUGCUUUUACGAGGCGUAUUUUUAAGUCCUUUUUUAUUAUUAUUAUUAUUGUUGUUAUUAUUAUUAUUACUCACCAGCAACUCUUAUAAGACGAAUGUGACCAAAGCUCCUUUUCUUGCUUGCUGGCGGCCUGCAGCUCCCCGUUCCUGCUGAGAAAGGACUGGAAGAGUUUAACUCUUGUUUCUUACAUGCAUAAUUUAGGCUUUUGUUCCUUUUUUAUUUGUUGUUUUUGCCUUUUUCUUUCUUUGUUUUUGGGGGUGGGGGGUGAGUGUCCCAGACUGAGCCCCGUGGGAUGCUCUGUGCAAAUGUCUUAAGUCCUCAUGUCCCUCGUCUUGGGCAAGGGAGUCGAGGGAAGAGGCUGGGGGGUAGGUGACAGCCCUGUGCUUGCCCCCGGUCUGCAGCACUAGCUCCUCACACCAUGGGAAAGCGGGCGCGGGCUGCAGAUGGCUCCGGGUGGCUUUGCUAUUGAAGUGAGAAAGACCUUUUUGUUGUUGUUUUAAAUGAGGUCCCAUGUGUUUCUAGUUAGCGCAGGAACCUCCUUCCCCACCAGCGCCUUCUACCCGGGCAAUAAAAGCCCCUUUCUCAUCCCUGCCCCCUUCCCUCCCGCCAGCUCUGUUGAGG